AUGACGGGACUUGAAGCGUCAUUGAUCGAGAAUCAAAAGUGCAGUGCGAUAAAACUAGUGGAAUGCGGAAAACCGAACGCAAAUUUUAAUGAGGACAGACUUCCUUUCUUGGAUGAAGACAAAAACGAAGGAAUCGAUGAUCUUCCGUAUGUAUACGUCGAAGAUCAGAUUCGAACUGUUCGACAUAACUUGAUGCUUAAAGGCGUCGCAAAUCAAUUAAGAAGGUGGCCGAAUGAUCUUUUCAGCUCGUUCAUGGCAGCGUGUCUAGUCACUAGCAGUUUUGUGCUUUUUGUCUUUGUCACAGUGAUAUUUUGCUCACCAAUAGCAAGCGAUGUUAACUGCUGGUAUGGAUUGAAAAUUUCCGAGGAUAAAUGUUCCUUUAAUGUCUAUUUCGUGAAGGAAGCUGCACAGCUCUGGUCCGGGAAAGAAUUUUGCUAUAUUGAAGCUGCUGCAAGAGAACAACCAAACGUAAACAUACACUUAAUCAAUUUGAUGCGUGCCUCUAGUAUGCCGAAUACAUCGGAAGUUUAUCUUAAAAUGGCACUGGCAACCCAAAACGCCAAUAUCCACAUUGCUGACUUACCGAUCGACGAAUUCUUUAGCAAAACGGAAUUAUCGAGUGUUGCAAGAAAUUUAAGUAACGAAUCGUUGCUAAUGGCAGCAAGAGCAUAUCUGCUUUGGAACUUCCCCGGAGUCGCAAUGCACCCUAGUGCAUAUUGUAAUUUGUCAAUCAUCAAUAAAUCUCGGUGGAAUAAAGUGGGAAAACGCGAUUGCACGCCCGACGAAUUGAUUACGAUCGACCCAACGAUCGACUUGCAAGCGACAGACGUGCAUUGUCAGGCGUUUCUAGGAUUGUUACUGCGGGAAAUAUCCAAGAAUGCAACGGAAAUUUAUAGUUUGAAGGACGCAUUGGAUAAAUUUUGUCCUAGGAUUGAUAAAUGUCCCGAAGUACGAGUACUUGAUUUAAAGUCGCAGUGUUCGGUCAACGUUUUUGACUGCCCUACUGUGUACACGUCCGGAAAAUCUUGGGAACUUACGUUAUAAUCCAAAAAUUUAUUUAUAAAACUAUCUGCGGUAUGCACGCCACCUAAUCUCCGGCGCAUAAAAUCUAUAUAAUCAGACCAAACCUAUAAAUAUAAGAAAAGAAAAAUUUGUCAAAGAACCUGCAAUAAUUGCAUUUUUACGAGAAAAAGUGGCAC